CACAGUCAAGUUGAGCGCAGGCGGCCGGGAGAGCGCUUCCCUUUUCUGGAUCCAUGUGGCACCUCUAUGUGCUCCAUCUCUCCUGCGGUGCAUGGUGGGGCGUCUCAAUUAAGAACCCCUUGCUGCAUUUUAAACACCUUUUCUGCUCAGGGACAAGUGCUUACUUGGCUGUUCAGGCACUAAUUGAGUGAAAGGUUGAAAUCCACGAGGAUCUUUAGAUUUUUUUUUUUUUUAUUAGCUCCAGGAUAAGUCCACGAUGCUCAAACUGGAGAUUGUGGUUUACACUUUUUCUGCGCUGUGCAUCGCAGCCAGAGCAGAACUGAAAGGGAGGAAUUGCAGCCAGGUGAGGGAGGCUUGUGCAGCUGGGGGCUUCAGCUUCUCGCAUGUCCCCCUCCAGGAGAUCCCAGGCGAACAUCUGCGAGUAUGUUCGCAGGGAAACACGUGUUGUACUCAAGAAAUGGAAGACGCCUUCAGCCAGCGGAGCAAACAGCAGUUUGGUGAGCUGAUGGACGAGAUGAGUCAUACUUUGAGGACCAUGUUUGUGUCCAGACAUCAGAAAUUUGAUGAAUUCUUCUUGGAGCUCCUGGAAAACACCGAACGCUCCUUAAACGAGAUGUUUGUACGGACGUACGGCAAGCCCUACAUGCAGAAUGCAGAGGUUUUUGAGAACCUCUUCGCCGAGCUCAAGCGCUACUACACUGGAGGCAACGUCAACUUGGAGGAAAUGCUCAACGACUUUUGGUCACGGUUGCUGGAGCGUAUGUUCACGCUGCUCAACUCCCAGUACGUCAUCACCGAGGACUACCUGGAGUGCGUCAGCAAGUACACCGAUCAACUAAAGCCCUUCGGAGACGUGCCCAGGAAGCUAAAGGGUCAGAUCACCCGAGCAUUCAUCACCGCUCGCACUUUUGUGCAAGGACUCUCCGUCGGCCGCGAGGUGGCUCAGAGAGUCUCUAAGGUAAGCGGCAGCCCGGCAUGCAUGCGAGCGCUGACCAAGAUGUCAUACUGCCCCUUUUGUCGAGGCAUGCCGGCCGUUAAGCCCUGCAAGAACUACUGCCUCAAUGUCAUCAAGGGCUGCCUGGCCAAUCAAGCCGACCUGGACCCCGAGUGGAACCAUUAUAUCGACGCCAUGCUUCUGGUGGUUUUACGGCUUGAAGGACCCUUCAACAUCGAAUCUGUCAUGGAUCCCAUUGAUGUCAAGAUUUCAGACGCCAUUAUGAACAUGCAAGACAACAGCGCUCAAGUCUCCUAUAAGGCUUUUCAAGGUUGUGGUCAGCCAAAACCCUCAGGAAUGAGUAGGUCUGCCCGCGGCGUUCCGGUCGUGUUCAACGUCCGCUUCAGGCCCUACAGCCCAGAACAGCAUCCCACCACAGCAGCUGGCACCAGCCUAGAGAGACUGAGGAUUAUUUGGAAUACCAUGCAACACAGUAUCGUUGACGUUAAAGAGAAACUCAAGCAAUCCAAGAGAUUUUGGUCCGGUCUUCCAGAAGAGAUGUGUGAGGACACCAGACUCACUGCUGUGAAUGCCACUGAUGACCAGUGCUGGAAUGGACACACCAUGGGGAGGUAUUUCCCAGAAGUGGUAAUGGACGGACUGACCAACCAGGUGAAUAACCCGGAGGUCAGUGUGGACAUCACACGUCCAGACACGUUCAUCCGUCAGCAGAUUAUGGCCCUGCGGGUGAUGACCAACAAGCUUAAGAAUGCCUACAACGGCAAUGAUAUCUACUUUCAGGACUCAAGUGAUGAAGGCAGCGGUUCAGGUAGCGGAAGCGGCUGCACAGACGCCUGCCCAACGGAGGCGGAAUUGGUUGUUCCUGAAAACCCGGUUGUGGAAGCCGACCGGAGGGGUCCAGUAGACAGCGCGUCUGCAAAUCUCUCCCACCAAAUGGGCCUCUUUACCACAUUGGUCCUUUCAGUUUUAGUCAUCCAAAUACAUUGGAGAUAAUGCAGGGGAAAACAGGUUUGAGUGAACUUUGUCAGACAGUAUUCUGUCUGGAGAAGUCAAGUCAGUCAUGCAUCUGUAGUCCCACUUUCCCAAAGUAUGCACAUUCAUAGACUUGAUCGUUCCUUUGUCCAACUCUGGUGCCAACCCCACAAACUGCUUGAGAGAUUAAAACUAUUUUUAUUGAAGGAAAUAACUGUUUGCACAUUUGAUAGGCGGUUAUGUCUGUCUCAGUGUGGAAGGAUAUAGCACGCACUUUGUUUAGUUUUUUUUUUGUGUAAUGUGUAAUAUCAUUUACAAUGUGCUUAUUGAUGACUAAAAGUGGUCCAGUUAUGUUAUGUUCAAUAUUAUGUUUGAUUCAAAUGAUUUCAUGGCAGAUGGAAUAGUGAAAUACAGUUUAAUUUGCAACUUGAAAUCACCAGUUCACCAUAAUUAUUUUAAUGAACGAAUAUAUUUUUUUUUUAUUCAUCUAUCAUAUUCUUUCCAACAUUGUCUUAAUAGUUGUCAUACCAUAUACUCGUUUAAAAGGGAAAAGGCUGCUAUUGUACACUUUCAUUUGCCUUGCAAAAGAUUAAUUAACUUUCUGCAAAAUUAUGUUAUUAUAUAUUGGUUUUGGGGAUAGAAAGUCUGGCAGACAGGUCUCGUUGCCAUUCUGUAUUUAUUCACAAGGCUGUUUAUUGUUUGUGUCUAUCACUUUAAAGCACAGAGUGCUGAAAACUGCUUUGUCUGUAUUAGUCAAGUUACGUAUCUCUUCACAAAAAAGAACGUUGUAAAAGUUAACAAAAAUGUGGUUUUGAGGUUUUAUAAUUGUGUGUUUCCAAAUUGAAUCUUGUAGCCAAGGUUUCUAAGGCACAUUCUGAAAAAGCAGUCAACAGGAUAUUAGAGUAAAGAAUUACAGUUAUUUUGACUUUUUUUUUUUUUUUUUUUAAUUAUUGUUGCUCGUGUUAAAGGAAAAAAGAAUGUUACAGUAAUUGAAAACUACAUUUUCCAAUGUGCUCACAUUCACUGCCAUUGAUGAUGAUAGACACUUAAUCGUCUGUCACCAUGAAUGGCACUGAAACAUGAUCAUUCACUAUGGCAGUGUUAGUGCGCCACAAAAAAGUGGGAGUUAGAAAAGCACAAAAACUACUUUGUACAUCUGAAAGUGUGCCAUUUCUUGACCUGCCCAGCACAAUAAUGCAGAAUGUGAGGGGAUUAUUAAGAAGAGUGCGCGUCAAAAUGCAAAGAAAAGGGGCCCCGACUUGUUUUGUGAAGCCUGAACGUUGGUGUGUGCGCGGUGCGGGCGGGCUGGAAGGCGACAACAGUCACCUGUGAAAUGAGAAUCUGUGGAGAGUGGAGAGCGGACAGGCCUGAAUGCAUCUCGUCAGUAGAGCGUAUUGGCAGCCUGUGCGCGUGUCCCCCGAGAGCUUGUGUUAUUCAUUUCAUAACAUAUCAGCAAGAACUUACAGAAGUGUACAGAAUGUCAUUUCAAAAAUGAGUCUUUAUAAUGAAUAGCACGCUUAUGUUUUGUAUCAUCAAACCUUUAAUGGGAAUAUUUUUGCAAUGAAACGACAGUUGGGAAUAUAUAUCCAGAAAUGGAAAUGCUUUGAGUCAGUAUUUUUUAUUUCUCAUCAGUGCAUUGUUGUUGUAUGAAUUUACAUUGAAAUGAAAUCGCAAGUGGACAAAUAUGCCUUACAAUGCAAUUAAAGGGGAUUGCAUUCAGUGUUUUUGUACUGUUCUGGAGAAUAAAUAUUUGCUAAAAACAUUCCAAUAGGUUUAUAUUUUUGGUGAUUGCAGUG